AACAAAAGACAUAUAUCAACGUUCUCAGGACACAUACACACACACACACACAAUUUAAUUGACUUCUCAGCUCUGCUAUUACCCCUAUACUGUUUCUGAUUUGGUACAUUCCGUCCCCCCAUAGCCAGUAAAGUGGAUGUGUCCAAGCACGGGAUGGUGAAGUUCCGGGAGGAGAGGAGCAUUCUGGGAUUGGGACUGAAUACCGGCAGCUUCCACGACCGCUACUUCAUCCUCAGCACGGUCUCCCUCAGGAUGUACAAGGAAGUGCGGAGUAAUCGUCCAGAGAGGGAGUGGCAGGUGAAGAAUCUGAGGGUCUAUCUAGGCAUCAAGAAGAAACUACGACCACCCACCUGUUGGGGUCUGACUGUGAUCAAUGGAAGUGAAAAACAGGAGAAGCCAGAGAGGCAGCAAUGGUAUCUGUGUUGUGACACUCAGACAGAGAUGAGGGAGUGGUUCUCCACCUUCCUCACUAUCCAGUAUGAUGGUAACGUGUGGCCAGCGGAUGCAGUACAAACACGUGUGACCCGUGCGUUGCCGGCGGAUACGCGUCAUGGUAAUGUGGCGUUGAUUCCGUUGCGCGGCAGCGAGAAUGAGAUGCGGAACAGCGUUGCAGCUUUCACCGCCGACCCGCUUGGCGUGAGUCAAUCCUCCAAUCACAGGGGCCAAUCCACAGUCGUGGGCCUAUCAGAGACCUCCAUGCUGACACAGCCACUCCAAGCCCUGUCCUGAGUCCCAUGAUGCAGUGCGUGUGUGGUCAGGAGGGGGGCGGAGUCGACCCUGGGGUCAGGAUGGAUAACCUCUGGACUCUGAUUAACCCUGAUUACGCUCAUCGCAACCCCUACACACACACACACACACACACAC